AUGAACGAUGAACUACACAAGCAUUCAGGUUUGUCGGGAAGUGCGACAGGUUCCGUACCUUCUAACCCAAACCUCCUCCCUCCUAACUCAUCCUCAGGUAAUUUAGGAGCAUCUGCUCUAAUUGGGUCAGCUUUGUAUAACCGGAGUAACCCUUCAACCUUGCCCUCUUUAGCUCAAAUUGUUACCAUGACUGGCGAUGGUAACGCUAACUCAAAUAUUUCAGGAAAUGCUCAGUCUGUUGCUAAUACUGGAGGCCCUGGAGCUGGCGCUGAUUACUAUGAUGUGUAUAAGUCAUAUCCUGGUACUCAUCCAUCAGGAUAUGCUGGUAUUGACCCUAAUGCGGGAGCUAUGAAACCUACUGGUUCCAACUCAAUGCCUUCAAUAUCUGGUGCAAAUGAAGUAGGACCUUCUUCUGACGACAUUGAUGAAAAGUGUACCUGUAAGUCAAAUCCUAAUAGAAUCCCUAGACCGAGAAAUGCUUUCAUUUUGUUCAGACAAAAGUAUCAUCAAUCCGUAUUGGAUGAAGGUUCGGUGGUUAGGUCGAAUCCAGAGGUUAGCAGAGAAUUGGGAAGAAGAUGGAGGGAAUUGUCCAACGAAGAGAAGGCUCAUUGGAAUAACUUGGCGGAAGAAGAAAAGCAAAACCAUGCUAAGAAAUAUCCUGGUUACAAGUAUACUCCUAGAAGGCAUGGGAAGAAUAAAGGUUCAUGUCCAGCUUGUAGAAGGAAAGCGUUGAAGCAACAACAAAAGCAAGAUAAAAAAGAAUUUGGGGCCAUGAUUCCAACUCAAUCAACUUUUAUGGCUCCUAGACAACCUGGUAUUCAGCAAGGACAACCACAACAACAGCAACCACUUCCUCCUCAACAGGGUAUACCUUCUCAAGGAAUGCAGGCCAACUACCUUCCCUUUCAACAGAAUAAAUUCCAAGACUACAAUACCACUUCCAAUAAUCAGUAUUACGAUGGUAACUUUAAAUCAUUCCUGCAACCUCAGCAACCUCAGCAACAGCAGCAACAACCUCAACAACAGCUGCAACAGCUGCAACAUAUUCACCCCCUGGGAAAUCCUCCUCCAGGAGUGUUUGACCAUUUUGGUUUGACUACACCCCAAUCUACAAAUAGUUCAAUUCUGGGGUCUGCUGGUAACACUACCAACAACUCUUCUUACUAUUAUGAUCCUCAACAUCAAUAUCAAAACUACAACUAUCAUCAACAACAACAACAACAGCAGCAGCAGCAACAACAACAGCAACAACAGCAACAGCAACAACAACAACAAGCACAUCAAUAUCAACAUCAUCAACAGCAUAUACCCCAGGCCUUGGGACCUCAUCAACUGCACCAACAGAACUUUCAAGAGAAGUUGAGUCCGCAUUACCAACAAUACCAACAACAUACGAGUGCUCCCCAACAACAUGGAAAUGAAACCUCAACCUAUGAUAGCAAUGGCCAAGUGAGAUAUAACUCGUUACCUACUCCUGUAAUUAAAAUGGAACAAGGAAAUGGCCAACCAUACCACGGAGGAUAUGAGUACCAGCAGCCCCAAUAA